UAACGCUGGCAAGGAUGGCGGAGUUGACGAUGGAGCUCUCAUCGGCGGCUCUGUCAUGUCGGCCGUUUUUAAGACUCGGCCUCUGUCCACUAAAGUCGGCCCGUUGUUGAGAACGGCCGGAGGAGGUGAAUCGAGACGAGGUUCAAUUGUUGCCAGCUCCAUGUGAUCGCCACCGGUAACAGUAAUUCCAUAAGAAGACCGGUAUAUCCAAGCUGGUUCUCUCCUUUUUCUUCUUCUCUCGCCAAGCCUCUUACGCAUCCGCGUCCUUACUGCCCCCUUCCCAGAUUUCCCAGAUAGGUGCUCAGUCACGCGGCACGCACACCGGCGGCAACCAUGCAGACCCCACGGGCUUCGCUCGCUCUUCUUGCCCAGCUGGCUACUUUGGCCUUCUCGGCAGAUGUGGAUGACUGGAAGACGAGAAACAUCUACUUUGCUUUGACAGACCGCAUAGCCCGCAGCAGCACCGACACGGGAGGCUCCGCAUGCAGUGACCUUUCGAAUUAUUGUGGCGGCACUUUCCAGGGCCUCCAGUCCAAGCUAGAUUAUAUUUCUGGUAUGGGGUUCGAUGCGAUCUGGAUCACCCCCGUCGUGACAAACAGCGACGGCGGAUAUCAUGGAUACUGGGCUACGGACCUAUACAGCAUCAAUUCGAACUACGGUACGGCCGACGACCUAAAGGCGUUUGUGAACGCCGCCCAUGACAAGGGCAUGUAUGUCAUGGUCGAUGUGGUUGCGAAUCACGUUGGCCCCUCGACUAUCUCGGAUCACCAGCCGUCGCCGCUCAACGAAGACAGCUCCUAUCAUUCCGAAUGCACGAUCGAUUAUUCGAACCAGACCAGCGUGGAAAACUGUUGGAUUGCAAAUCUUCCGGAUCUUGACACACAGAGCUCCGACAUCCGUUCGCUCUACCAGACGUGGAUCAAGUGGCUCGUGACGGAGUAUGCUUUCGACGGCGUUCGCAUCGAUACGGUGAAGCACGUAGAGAAAGACUACUGGCCCGACUUCUCUGCCGCUGCUGGCGUGUACACGAUUGGCGAAGUGUUCGACGGCGACCCAGCCUACGUUGCGCCUUACGCCAGUCUCAUGUCGGGAUUGCUGAACUACCCCAUGUAUUACCCGAUGAACGCCUUCUACCAGCAGACAGGGUCGAGCCAGGCGCUCGUGGACAUGUUCAACACGCUCAGCUCGUCGUUCCCCGACCCUGCCGCGCUGGGCUCGUUCCUGGAUAACCACGACAACCCCCGAUGGCUAAAUACGAAGAACGACCUCUCGCUCAUCAAGAACGCUCUCGCGUACGUAAUCCUCGCGAGAGGUAUCCCUAUCGUGUACUAUGGAACCGAACAGGCCUACUCGGGCGGUGCGGACCCCGCUAACCGCGAGGAUCUUUGGAGGAGCAGCUUCAGCACGAGCUCCGCACUCUACCAGGCCAUCAGUAAAUUGUCGGCUGCCAAGAAAUCGGCAGGUGGUCUUGGUGGCGACGAUCACACCCAUCUGUACGUUGCCAAUACUGCGUAUGCCUGGAGUAGGGAAGGAGGCAAGCUUGUUGUUCUCACGACCAACAGCGGACUUGGAUCGAGCGGAAACUACUGUUUCAAUAGCCAGGUCGCCAACGGGUCCUGGAACAAUACCUUCGGUUCUGGGACAGUCACUUCGGAUGCGAACGGAAACGUUUGCGUGGGCGUCACCAAUGGCGAACCUGUUGUACUACUUGCCUCCUGAAGUCAUUCCUGACCUAGGGCGGUAUAGUAUGCAUGUACCUAGUUAGAAGGAUGGGUAGUAUGACACGAUGGCACGAUGGUCACGUAUGCGAUGCGAUAUAUGUACUAGUUGAAUCCAAUUUUGUCUUUCGGGUCCGAGAAAAAAAGGGUCCGUUGGUGGCACAGGAAUAUUAUGUAUCAAGUAGGUACUGGUGGAUACGCGUCGGACUCGGACUUGGGUGAUCGCCGUGUACUCCGGCAAUCCCGUCUCGCUUCGAUGCUCCGAACACCGACAAUCAAAUGCUAUAUGCACAUAUACCAAUAUAUAUAGGAAUAGCUACAGAUAUAAAUAAACAUGUGUUACUAUAA